AUGGCUUCCCGCAGCGGCAGUAUCGACAUGACGGUGACGGACGGCAAGUGGACAGAGCUCGGUGGCGCCAUCGCGCCUGUUCCAUGCUGGACAUGCCGUCGCCGUCGCCUCAGAUGUGACAGUCGAAUGCCGUCCUGUGCCAAGUGCACCAAGGCUGGAAUACAGUGUCUCGGGUACCGGCCCGAGAAGCCUCUCGUCUGGGUAGGCCUCGGUCGUCGUGGUCACAAGAAGCUUUCCACUGUGAUGACGCCGGCGUCCAUGGCGGCAGCGGCGGCGGCGGCAGCGUCAUCAAAACGAGCCGAAUCUUCAGCCUCCCCAGAAGAACAUGCCCGAGAAUCGACACAAAGUCCAGACAGGGGGUCGCCUAGCUCGUCUGAAUCGGCUUCAGAUCAUGGCGAUGUCGAAGAGCUCGAUGCCGAGAAUGGCUUUUCUGCAGAAUCCUUGACGAGAUUACAACAGUCGUCGACGUCGCCGACGGACGUGUUGGCGUUGAGGAAACAAUUUGCCGAGACGGCCUUGUCGACACUCAACUUUGCCCUCCCCCAAAAGACACCACUAAAUUCUAUUCUCGUUAACCGGGAUCCCCGGUCUGCAUUUUACAUAGACUACUUGGCAAAAGAUCUCGAGCGCUGCUGUGCCGAGUGCAUCCUCUACUAUGAUGACAACACAAACCCUUACAAGCAAUUCAUCCAGCUGAGCGUCGACGGCAACCUGAUGCACCACGUCGUGGUAGCUCUGGCGGCACAUCACCUUGCCGGCAGCACGACGCCCCCUGGCCUUCCCAACUCGACAUCCAAGUACUUUCCGGAUGCCCUUGUCCACAAGAACAAGGCGAUGCGGCACCUGCGCUCGGCGCUCAUGUCAGGGGACAACAGCGACGCCGUCGUAGCCGCCUGUCUCCUGCUCAUCUGGAUAGAACUGCUCGAGAGUGGGCUCAGCGUCUGGCGUUACCAUCUCGAUGGCAUGAUAGGGCUGCUGAGCGCAAGGAAGGCCAUAGAUGAGGCGACAAACGGCGGUCCAGCGGUUGCGGGCCAAUCGGGGAGUCUCUCGUCGACCAAGGUGUCAACCCCAAAAAAGACUGCUUUUUGGACCUUCCACGACUUCUUUGAGGAGAGUUGCUCGGUAUUGCACACAUUUGGCUCGACACUCAGCUCCAACAAGCGCGACCUUUCACAGCUAUUUGGCCUGGAAGAGCUCGACAAGAUUCUGGACCGCGCCGAGUCCCGCUCCUGGACGGGCUGCCCCUCCGUCCUGCUCAAGAUUCUCUGCCGAGUCAACUCUCUGUGUUCCGUGGCGACGCAGGGCGGCGCACCACAGCCCGAAUACGCCAAAGACCUCCUCUCUCAACUCGAGACGUUUUCCAGCGCACAGUGGGCGGCCAACUUCCGCGACCCAACACAGGUACCGAUGCGAAAACACCACGCGAGCGCCUACCAAGGCGCCAUCUUCAUCUACGCUCGGCGGGCGCUCCGGUGGCACCUGAGUGGGAUCGAGGACGAGGAGGAGCGGCUGGGGCGGACAGCGCACAUCGUGGUGGCGGAGCACCUGGCUCACAUCGCCUCGGACGACGUGCACUUCAAGGGAAUACUGUGGCCGGCCUUUGUGGCCGGCGCCGAGGCGAGGACCAACGCCGACAGGGGGGUCAUCCGCCGCAUCCUGUGGGACAUGUACGGCCUGCUGCACGUGCGGAGCGUGCGUAGGGCCAUCGAGCUGCUGGAGCGGAUGUGGACGGCCAGGACGCCCAGCGGUGGUGCAGGAGGUGAUGGGGGCAGCUGCGUCGUCUCCCUGGACCACGAGAUCGGGGUCAGCAGGGACGACAUCAUCAUUCUCGACGACCCGGGCGGUUGUGGGGUUGCGGGGAAGUCUUGGCUCGAGGAGAUGUAUGAGGGUGGCGAAGAUCUCCUCUUGAUCUGAGCAGGGGUCUGUUUUUGAUUUUUUUUGUGUUUGAAUUUUAUUGAGAAAUAGCAGGCGUGAUCACUCUCAUUCUUUGUGUAUUUUUUUUUUCUUUUUAAUUUCUUUUUAUGUGCUUCAUGGGUACAUUAUUCCCC